UUUACUUCUUGUGGCGUCUGCGUCAAUGGCGUCCAGAGCAGUGAGCAUGCGUCGACCUCGCGUUGGACUGUCGUUGUGAGAAAAAUGUGACCUAGACAUGGGCGAAACACACAGGUUCUCCUCGCGUGCACGGAUGUCAGUGUAUGUACAUAGAUCAUCGGUCGAAAAGCCGAUCAGUGGCAGCAGUAGCUAUUUAGUGAUCCAACAGUAAUAAAAGCGAUAGCAACAGAGGCAGACAUCGAACAUUUUUGCACUUGCAUUCAAGUGUGUAAGAACAAAAGUGCCGAGUGAAAGGCUGCUCAAACGCUUGCAUUAGUGUAUAGAUCUGUGCAACAUGGUUACGCCGUAAUCAGAUAUCUAUUCAAGAUGCUCUGUGUGAUCUUGGAUAACCCAAUCCACCAAUCGGUCGGUUUAACUGCUGGAUGCUGAGCCUGUGGUUCUGGUGAUUUCACCAUCAAUCGGCUGAAAUGAAUUGAUGCAACUUGUCAAUCAGGUAGUGACGGAGGUGCUGACCGACGGAAAGGGAUUUCGGUGAUUGGUGAUUGUGCGUGCGCCUGUACAGACGUGAACGUACUGGAAAGCCCCGGCCAGGCCAGUCGAGUGAAAGCUACGGGCGGGUAAAGUCCCAGUUAACGGUCGGACGGAAGCGACGACGACGACGGGGGAGGAAGGCGAACAAAAUCACACCGGAGGGCGCAUCACGGCGGUGAACCUCCUAGUGUCCAGCCGACUACCUUUGAAACGGUUUCAAAAGUGGAUUCCACCUCUUCGUCGGAUGUCGGCAGCAGCUGCGCGGACUCUGAAUGCCGAGACGUCGUUCGAGCCGGGGGGGCAUCCGCUGCUGCUCCCACUGCUCGAAGCGGACACCGACUCCUAAGUCCUGGGAGCCGGCAUCAACACAGCCCAGGAUCUUUGUCCAACGCCCUCGUUAGCUUGCCGGAAGUAGUAGAAGUUGUUGUGACGAACUCUGCUACCCAAUCGCAGCCGUCGACUCCGGAGCAGAUCGCCGCUUUACUGCCGUCAAUCCAAACGAUGUUAUCGAGGAACAAAGUGUCGCGCAACUGCAGUAGAACGCGAAUCACCGAUGCUUCUGUCGCUCCAUUUGUUGAUCCUGCGGCGGACUUGCCCGACUGUAUUUCCUUGGACCCUUUAACUGAAGACUCACUUCUGGCCAACUUGCUGUCCAGAUUUAAAAGCGAUCACAUCUAUACUUACAUAGGCAAUAUUUUGCUGUCCAUAAACCCUUACAAACCCCUGGCACAGUACACGGAACAAGCGAUCGCCGACUACAAAUUACGCACGGUCGCCAUUUCUCAGUUACCACCUCAUGUGUAUGCCCUUGCUGAUCAUGCUUGGCGGUCAUUGCGAGACUUCUACAGCGACCAAGUCAUCGUCAUUACUGGCGAGAGUGGAUCGGGCAAAACUGAAGCCUCCAAGCUCAUCUUACAAUAUUUAGGGUUUGCAACGGGGAAAUCCAAAGAACUGGAAACGGUGCGACAGCAACUUCUACUCUGCAACCCCGUCCUCGAAGCGUUUGGGAACGCUAAAUCCCUUCAUAAUGACAACUCGUCCCGUUUUGGGAAGUACAUCGAACUGGAGUUUGAUUACAAAGGAGAACCUGUUGGUGGACUCAUCACUCAUUAUUUAUUAGAAAAGUCCCGCGUAACAGUUCAGCACCCAGGCGAACGGAAUUUCCACAUUUUCUUCCAGCUGCUCGCUGGGGCUGACGUGCAACUUCUAAAAUCCCUCAAAUUACAAAGGAACACGGAAAAUUAUCUCUACUUGCGGAAUAACCAUUCAAAUCCGUCUGUUUGGCACCAGAGUGACAAGGAUGAAUUCUUCAACACCAAGAAAGCCUUGGAAUCGGUGGGGUUUUCGGCCGAGGAUAUUGUCAACAUAUUCCGGAUCGUAGCCGCCGUCUUGAAAUUAGGCAAUUUGAUAUUCACUCCGGUGAGUAAUAUCGACGGAACGGAAGGAUGCAGCAUCAACAACGACUACGAAUUGGAAGAGGUUGCGACAUUGUUGAUGAUUCCGGCAGAAGAACUUCGAAGUGCCUUGCUCUAUCGGACGUAUUCGGUCAGUUGUUCAGCAAUGGAUGCGCACGGCAUGGCCGUCGGAGGUGGCGGAGGUGCCAAUUGCUUUUCCAGGGAUUCGACUCUACCGCGCGAUUCAACAACGUCGCGCACAUUUCUCGGAAAUAAUCACCAAUCGCAUUCACAGCCUCAGCAACUCCUCUUACAGCAGCGCACCAGUCUCCUUUCCACAUCGGCUUCCAUGGUCGGCAGAGAUAUGUACCAAAUGAUGGAUGGCUGCCAUGGGUCUGACGUCGGAUUUCAAGCUGCCCUCGCUUCCAGGGCUUACCAGGACGCGAAGGAUGACUUCGUCAUGACUGACUUGAGUGCAGCCGAGGCCACAACUGGACGCGACACUCUGUGCAAGGCCCUUUAUUAUCGCCUUUUCACCUGGAUCAUUAACAGCAUUAACGAGAGAAUCAAGGUCAAGCAACACGGAAAACGACGCAUCCUGGGCGUAUUGGAUAUUUACGGCUUCGAAAAUCUGCCAGUCAACGGGUUCGAGCAGCUCAUUAUCAAUUAUUGUAACGAGAAAUUGCAGCACUACGUGACCGAGAUUGUCGUGAAAGAAGAACAAGAGAUUUACAUGCAAGAAGGCCUCGAAUGGAGUCCGAUUCUGUUUCCAGACAAUUUAGCCGUUUGCGACUUGAUCGAGAAGCAUAAUCUGGGGCUGCUAGCGAUAAUGGACGAAGAGUGCCAACGAUCGACCAACGGCUCGGACGAUGCCUUCUUAAGCAGAGUUGGACAGGUGUUUCAAGAUAAUAUUCAAAUCGAAGUGGCUUGGGGACUAUUGUCCAAGAACGCCGAUUCAACUGCCAUGAAUGCCUUCAGAUUGAAACACUACGCUGGAUGGGUGACUUACAACGUCGCAGGGUUUUUACAGAAGAACAGCGACUUGCUCGUUUGCGGCCUUUCGCAAUCCAUGUACCAAUGUGCACACCCGAUCGUCAAAGAGCUCUUCCCAGAGGGCAAUCCUCGACGAACAACGCUGAGGCGUCCGGCCACCUCGGGCAGCCAAUUCAAAAUGGCAAUUAUAGCUCUAAUGAGAAGCCUCCGGUCGAAGAACCCACAUUUUGUCCGCUGUAUCAAACCGAACGCCUUCAAACAGCCUCACCAUUUCGACGUGCAGACGAUCCAGCAGCAAAUUCGACACCUCGGCUUACUGGAAACUGCGCAAGUGAAGAAGAACGGCUUUGCCUUCCGACAGCCGUACGCCUGGUUCCUCCAACGUUACAAGAUGUUGUCAACCGUCACCUGGCCCCAUUGGGGAGGCGUUGCCAUCGAAGGUGCCGCCCGACUUUUGCGUGAUCUGCCCAUUUCAGCCACUGAAUACGCGUUCGGGCGGCGUAUGUUGUUCAUCAAAAACGAUUCGACGUUGAUGCAGUUGGAAGAUUUUCGGAGGAUCCGGUUAAACGACCUGGCCACUCUCAUACAGAAAACAUUCCGAGGCUGGGCUACUAGAUGGUUGUUUUUCAAACGAAGACAAGCCCAAAUCAAAAUCGCUGCCGCUUGGCGCCGUUACAAGGCUGAUGCUCCAUUACGGCGAAUGAGGUGGAGGCUCUCCAGUGUGAUCCUAGCCGGUUGCUGCCUUUUGUGUCUGCCUAUGUUGUUUUGUUUUCGUGUACUUGUUACCAGCUUCUCCCUUUUGCGCUUGUCUGCGCGGCGCGAAUAUUUGGAACUUCGCCAACGGCGGCGCAUGAUCGAAGCUGUACUCGUCAUCGAAAGAUCCUACAUUCAAUGGAAGAGGAGAAGAUACUUGAACCGUUUGGCGAUCCGGCUGCCUUCGACGUCGCCGACGUGCCGUGAAUGGCCCAACGUGACACUUUUCCUUCGUGACACUAAUCAGAUUCUGAAGAAACUCUAUCACGUUUGGAGAUGUCAUCGAUAUCGAAUCGGCUUUGAUCAAAUCGGUCGCAAUCGAAUGCGAGAAAAGGUGACGGCCAGUUUGCUGUUUAGAAAUCGCAAAGAAUCGUAUGCUCGCAGCGUAGCUCAUCCCUUCCAGGGCGAUUACGUCCGUCUGCGCCAAAACAGCCAAUGGCGCAAACUGGUCAACGAAACAUCAGAUCAGUACAUCGUUUUCGCCGAUAUCGUCAGCAAAAUCACUCGCUCAUCGGGCAGGUUGGUUCCAGUGCUGUUUGUCGUGUCCACCAGCUCCAUGAUGAUCCUCGACCAGCGGACGUUGAACAUCAAAUACCGAGUUCCAGCGGCUGAUAUCGUCCGCAUCUCUCUCAGUCCAUUCUUGGACGACAUAGCCGUCUUCCACGUCAAAUCAUUUGAUAACACCUCGCCGAGUGUUGCAAAUCUUCAGACGGGCUGCUUGCAUUUUCAACAGUCGUCGGAAUCGUCGGUCCUAUCUCCUUCGUUUGGCAACAAGUGGAAAGGCGACCUGGUUCUGCAGACUUGCCACGUCAUUGAACUCGUCACUAAAAUGUUCCUCGUCGUGCAGAACGCGGCCGGCAAAGCGCCCGAAGUCAACGUUCACACUGACUUCGAGGUGAGCGUCGGCCAUCAAGCAGUCGAGUUCUCUUUUCAUUGUACCGGCCCUACGGAAGUCCAGCCGGGUCACGUGCGCAUCGUUCGGCGCGGCUACCGACUCGAAGUGACUUUAUAAAUCGAUUCUUCUGCAGUUUCUGCCCUGGCCUUCGUGAUUCCAUGGCGAAGAUCGGGGGGAGACGGACUCUCUAAUUUAGCUAAAAAUAAUUUAAGGGCAAUGAGGACUACAUAUAUGACAAUUAUAUGCAAUAUACAUAUAAUAUCGAAAGUUAAUAACUAGCUAGCUAUUAAAAUCAAUUGAUUUCUCAAAGGAAUGAAGGAAAACGUUAAAGUUUUGUUGCUGCAAAUCCAUUUUUUUUGCUGCAUUCCAUUUUGGGGUGGGGUCGUGUUUAAUUCUUUGUUGUUUUCAAAAUUUUGUAUUUGUUGAAAAAGUGCUAACUUAUUGUGCUGCCGUCUCGACCUUGUUCACGCAGAGUACGUUGAAAUUUUUCAUAAGAAAACAAAGGUGAAUGAGUA